GAGAAGUGGGACCCAUGGUGGUGUCGAUGUCUGAGCCAGGUGAGGGUGAGAUCCCUGGCGCCAUGGGCUGGCCGCCAGGAUGCCCUGGGAAACGCCUUCUGUUCACAGCUGUGUGAUUCUUUUCUUUCUGUAUUGGUGAAGCAGCCAGACCCGGUCCCUUUGGAAUGCCUGGGAUGGUGCCGCCGCAUGUUCCUCCUCAGAUGCUCAACAUUCCGCAGACCUCUCUGCAAGCAAAGCCCGUGGCCCCACAGGUGCCCAGCCCAGGGGGUGCCCCGGGCCAGGGUCCAUACCCGUACAGCCUCUCUGAGCCAGCACCUCUCACGUUGGACACGAGCGGGAAGAAUCUGACGGAGCAGAACAGCUACAGCAACAUUCCUCACGAAGGGAAGCACACGCCGCUGUAUGAGCGGUUGUCGCCCAUCAACCCGGCCCAGAGCGGCAGCCCCAACCACGUGGAUUCCGCCUACUUCCCUGGCUCUUCUACAUCGUCAUCUUCCGACAACGACGAGGGCAGUGGAGGGGCGACAAAGACCCCUCCCAGGAGUGGGGGGAAUGCAGCCCUCCGAGGAGCCGGUGGUCUCGGACCUGCCACCCACAGCCAGAAGCUUCUGACCCCAGGCCACUGGUGGUGUCCCUGCCAGUGCAGAUAUACAGUCUCUUGGGGAUUCCGUGCCACUGACCACCAUGUACGAGGAAGGGAUUCACAGGCAAGGGGGACAGGUGAGGGCAGCCCCCACUUCACUCAAGGAACGGGGCAAGGGGGCCCAGUACAGAGAACAGAAAUCUCUUACGACAGCAUCGUGCCCUGGCAGAAGAUUCUGCAUAACACCUAG